AUGUAUAUUGAUUCACCAAAAAAAAGAUUAGAUCAAGCAUUUCAUUUGACUUUUAAACACAAUCAAUUGCCACCCAACAUCUUGUUGAAGGCUGAUUCAGGCAUAGGAAAAACAUUUAUAUCCUCUUAUUUGGCCAAGCAGUACAAUGUCAAUAUGUAUACAGCCAUACUGGGUGAGCUGGCAGCAAGUCAUCAUGGUCACCUGUCAAAAGGAUUUAGACGACUUUUAUGGAAAGCAACCAACCAACAGAACACCUCCUUAUUGCUGAUUGAAGAUCUCGAUCUCUUUUUCUCAAAAAACGCAUCCGAGCCACAAGACAAUGAACUCUUUCCAAUGCUUUCUCAAUUCCUAAAACAACAUCACAUCAUGGUCAUAUCAACUACACGAAGACCAGAUCAACUGCCCUUGGGAGUGAGAUCCUGGUUUGACGAUGAGAUUCACUUGCAGAUUCCUACACCCAUAGAGCGACUGUGCAUCAUGCAACAUAUCUAUGACUCGUAUUUUUAUAUCCGUACUACUCUAAAUCAAGACGAAAUGUAUCAGCUAUCUUUUAUGGCUCACGGGUUUGUUCCUGCAGAUAUCAUGCAUUGGUUUCAAUUGGCUGAAGAAAGCGCGUUAUUAGAGGGAAAUGCAUAUGUGACGAUAGACAAUUUCAAAAAUACGCUUCAUAAAGUCAAGUUGACAGGACUAGAUACGAUCAUGGCAGAGAAACCAAACCCGGUACGCUGGGAGGAUAUCGGUGGACUGACAGAAGCAAAAAGAACAUUAGAGGAAUCCGCAGUUUGGAUCUAUCAACACGCAGAUGCUUAUCAACGACUUGGCAUUCGCCCUUCAAAGGGGUUGCUACUGUAUGGACCUCCAGGAACUGGCAAAACUCUGCUGGCUAGAGCAGUCGCCACAGAAUCCUGUGCCAACUUUUUGACGAUAAGUAUACCCGAUCUGAUCAAAGGAGAGGUAGGCGAGUCAGAAAAGGCCGUAUCUCGUAUCUUUCAGACCGCUGCCCGGUGUAGUCCCUGUGUGGUGUUUUUGGAUGAGCUCGAGGCGAUCUUUUCUUCAAGAGAUACCAGUGGUGAUGUCGGAAAGAAGUUGAUCUCACAGUUCUUGAUUGAGAUGGAUCAUUUGGAUAGAUCCAAUGCAAGUGUCAUCUUGUUGGGCGCUACCAAUUAUCCAGAGGCUAUUGAUAGUUCCAUCUUGAGACCCGGAAGACUAGAUCGACUCGUUUAUAUAGGUCCUCCUAAUGUAGAGGAAAGAGAACAGAUCUUGCAUGUGUUGGGAAAGCAGACAAGACUAGGACCUGAUGUGAAUCUUGAGAGGGUAGCACAAUUGACAGAAGGUUAUACAGGUGCAGAUCUUAAAGCUGUGAUAAGGAAAGCCGGUUUAUUAGCAUUAAAAACGCAAUCAUUGGAGGUGAAGCAAGAGCACAUUGAAGAAGCUUUGCAAUCCGUAAAUCCAUCACUGUAG